AUGUUGGUGACAUUUAAGUCUCCUCAGGUAUGGAGGCUAUCAGGAAUUCGGGCAUAUUUUGAGGUCAUUCCAGAACAAAAAUGUGAAAACACAGUGUUGGUCAAAGAAAUCACUGGUUUUGAAGGGAAACUUUCAAGUCCAUAUUACCCAAGCUACUAUCCUCCAAAAUGCAAGUGUACCUGGAAAUUUCAGUCUCCCCUCUCAACUCUUGGCAUAGCAUUGAAAUUCUGUAACUAUUCAAUAGCCAAGAAGAGCAUGAGAGGCUGUGACCAUGGAUGGUGGGAAAUCAAUGAGCACAUGUACUGCAGCUCCUGCAUGGAUCACCAGACGAUUUUCCGAGUGCCCGGCUCUCUGGUUCACAGUCAGCUGCAGUGCAGUUCAAUGCUUUCGGACAAGCCGCUUUUGGUGGAAUAUGGCAGUUACAACAUCAGUCAACCCUGUCCUGUUGGAUCUUUUAGAUGCUCCUCUGGACGGCCGGGUGAGCAGAACCGCACUCACAGUAUUCCAUGCAACAACAGAACUUUUAAGUGUGGCAAUGAUGUUUGCAUUAGGAAACAAAAUGCAAAAUGUGAUGGCAACGUGGAUUGUCCAGAUGGAGGUGAUGAAGAAGGCUGCAGCUGCAGCAGCAGUUCCCCCACCCUCCACCGCAUCAUCGGGGGCACCGAUACCCAGGAGGGGGGUUGGCCGUGGCAAGUCAGCCUCCACUUCGUUGGAUCUGCCUACUGUGGCACCUCAGUCAUCUCCAGGGAGUGGCUCCUCUCUGCCGCCCACUGUUUCCAUGGAAGCAGGCCGUCUGACCCCACGCCGUGGACCGCGCACCUUGGCAUGUACGUGCAGGGGAACGCCAAGCUCGUCUCCCCGGUGAGGAGAAUCGUGGUCCACGAGCACUACAACAGCCAGACCUUUGACUACGACAUUGCCUUGCUGCAGCUCAGUGUCGCCUGGCCUGAGGCCCCGAAGCAGCUCGUUCAGCCAGUGUGCAUCCCUCCUGCCGGCCAGAAAGUGCGCAGUGGAGAGAAGUGCUGGGUGACCGGCUGGGGCGCAGGCACGAAGCAGACAGUGAAGGCUCCCCUGUUUUGCAGCAAGCAGACGUAG